AUGAAAAUUGAAGGGAAGACAGCCAUUGUAACGGGCGGCGCUCAAGGCAUUGGAGAGCAAUUCUGCCGUGCUCUUGUUGAUCACGGAGCCAAUGUGAUUAUUGCAGAUCUUAAGAAACAAAGAGGCGAAGAUCUUUGUAGGGAAUUAAACAAACAAUAUAGAUCCAAUCGUGCAAAAUUCAUACAAUGUGAUGUAACAUCCAAGGCGGAUUUACAAAAUACAAUCCAUUUUGCUAUCAAGACAUUUGGUAGAUUGGAUAUUUUAUGUAAUAAUGCGGGUGUAACAGAAAUCGGAAAUUGGGAGAAAGCUAUCGAGAUCAAUUUCACUAGUGUAAUUCGUGGUACCAAGUUAGCAAUAGAAGUAAUGUCUACACGAAAUGGUGGCCAUGGAGGAGUAAUUAUUAACACUGCAUCUAUGGGAGCAAUAUUUCCUAUCAUGGGUGGCCCUGUCUAUAGUGGAACUAAAUUUGGAGUUUUGGGCUUCUCACGAAGCUUGAGCAACUUGAAUGCAUCGGACGGUAUCCGUGUUAAUGUCAUAUGCCCUGCAUUUGUGCGAACUGAAAUGUUUGAAGCUUCUAUUCCAAAUUAUAUAGACAGCUAUGGUAAUGACUUUCAGAAGAAGAUGAAAAAGCACAUUGUCAGUCCAGUUCUGGUUGCCCGUGGAAUGAUACAAUUGGUAGAAGAUGACACAAAGAAUGAUGCCGUUAUGCGAGUUACUGGUGUUCGUGGUAUCGAUUACUAUAAAUUUCAAGAAUCUAAAUUAUAA